AACAUGACGACAUUAUCAACAGUCCGAGAAGGAGCAUGGUCGUCACAUGGUCAGCAUGGUGUAUCCACCCAUGUAUUGUCAUAGUGUUUCUUUGUUUGAUGCCAGUACACGGAUUCGUCGUCGGAACAACACCAUCACAGGCUGCGUUCGGUCUCGCGAAUGCUGAGGUCAACAUGGCCCUCUAUCAGAAAUGCAAAGGAAUAUGUGUAAAUGGUCUGCCCUGUCCACCAGAAUGCAUGAACGUAUUGAACGUGUGGAGUUUACGACCCGGCCCAGUCGAUGAAACAGUUGCAGCCCCUAAACCUGACACUUACACGCAAACACAUAAACCUACUGGCACCAAUUCUAUGAAAAACUACACUCAUGGCCAUUAUUCUGCGUCAUUGGAUAUCGAGAAGGCCAAUGACAACAGUUCGACUCCUAUAACUCUGAAACCUGCUCAGGUAGUAUCACAUGGCGCACUAGAGACUGCACUACACACAUCAAGCAGCCACCAGAUAGGGUCAGCAACCGGAAGCCAAAGUCAGAUAGCCCACAACAUGUCGGUUAUCCACGGGGAAGGCUUCCAUAAGGGACAAGUUAUUGGGAGAAGGUCAAAUAUGAGAUUCAGGGAUUGAACAUAAUGAACAUUUUUAAAAUGAAAUUGUUGCAAUAAAGUUACAAAGAAC